AUGGCCAUCCUUACCUUUGUCACUGACUACCUGCAUCAGUGGACCGCCAAGGAGGACCUGAUCAAAUUAGGACUCCAACUGUUCCUCGAUAACACUAUUAUCGUUGAUAAGUUGAUGUUGUCCGGAUUGAGAACCCUUUUGCAAGAAGAACUUUCAAUUCUUCAAGAUGCUUCUGACUGGACCAGACAUGAUAAUCGAUCAUUAUUAGGAAUGACAAAUAGACUUGCUGCCCAAGAUAACGUGGUCAGCCCCCUGAUGUCCGAAAAUGAUGAAGUUGCAAGUUAUCGCGCAUACAGUGUACCUAUGAGUUAG